CAUCAGUCACAAUGGAGAGAGAGUGUGUGAAAAUGUUGCUACUGACUUUGCGAGCCUACAUUGGAACCCGUUAUCGACUUCUUCAUCUUCUCCAUGACAUACAUCAACAGAGAUUACGUAACAGAAAGAAGGUGCUGUUAUGGCUCAUGUCAAGGAGAGCGACACCUUCCGUGUGGGUGCGUCCGCGUUCUCGGCACUGGUGGGACCAUGUUGUUCCGCAUUUCAGCCCUUCGCAGUUCCAGCAGAAUUUCCAUUUGUCCAGGAAGUCCUUUGAGUACAUCUGCAGUCGGGUGAGCCGUGCUAUGGGGAGGAGGGACACAAACUUCCGUCUGUCUAUUCCUUUUGAAAAAAGGGUCGCGAUUGCAAUUUGGAAGCUCUCCAACGGUGGUGGCUACAACACCAUUAGCCGUCUCUUUGGUGUGGGCCUGAGUACCGUGUGCAUGUGUUUGUGGGACUUUUGCAAUGCUGUCAUUAAGCUUCUGCUUCCCAUCCACAUCAGAUGCCCUGAUGCUGACAAAUUGGUGGAGAUGGCCACCUUGUUUCAUAGGACCUGGGGAGCACCCCAGUGUGUGGGUGUAAUCGGUGCUUGCCACGUUCUAAUAGCGACUCCAAAUGAGCACUCCCAUCACUACAGCAACAAGGAGGGUGGCCACUCUGUCGUUCUACAGGCCGUUGUGGAUGGAAAAGGACACUUUUGGGACAUAUGCGUUGACUCUCCAGGUAGUGUCUGUGAUUCCACAGUGCUACAGCAAUCACCAUUGUGGGAGCUCCUAAGUAAUGGGCGGUUGUUUGGUCAAAACAAAGUCAACAUCUCUGGCUGUGAUGUUGGCCAUUACCUCAUUGGUGGCCCAGUUUACCCUGCGGAGAACUGGCUCAUGGCGCCCUUCUGUGACACGGAACACUUGACUCCGGAGCAAGUUGCCUACAACUCACAACUGAACUGUGCACGGUCUGUUUUAAAGGCAGCCUUUGGGAGAUUGAGCGGGCGAUGGAGAUGCCUCACGAAGAAACUGGACGGCAAAGUAGAGCUUGCCAGGAAGAUGGCUCUAGUCUGCUGUGUGCUGCAUAACAUUUGUGAGGAACAUGGUGACGAGUUACAGGAUGCGCAGUCUGAAAUUCAUGUGAACAUUCCACCACCUGGUCUCCCUUCACCCAAGGAUUGUACCAAAGAAGGGCCUGAUGUUAGAACUGCAUUGCUGCAAUACUUUAGCAGGGACAAUCAAUGAAAUUCAUCUAGCCAUCCAAUUUAUAUACUGCUUAUCAUAUUCAGAGAUGCAGGGAGCUGAUGGCUAUCCCAACUGACUUUGGGCGAAACACUGCACACUAGACUCGUUGCCAAUGAAUCAAAGGAUACAUACUUGAUUACUCACAAAAAGCUAGUGAUAUUAGGCUUUCGUGGGAAAUUUCACUUUCACAAGUGAACUUCAUUUGACUGUCUCUAAACUUUGAAUGCACAUGUCCAACUCUUCAGUUUUUCAGAACUUUUUGCACACCGUGCUGUUCUCUAACAAGGAACUGAACUGAAAAAUUCACAAGUAAAUUUAUUUUGUUGCAUCUUCCAAAGACGUCCGCUUUUAUGCCUUUCUGUGACUCUCCGAGUCUCUCUGCUGGGGAUGCUCUGUGACACUCUUAAGCUCAGAGGCCACUUCCCUCUGAAAACAUCCGUUGUUGUCUUGGUCUCAUGAUGUUAAAAUGUGGAGAGCUUGAUGUGUGGGGCGGAGCAGAACAUUAAUUCAUCCAUCCAUUGAUCAAACAUACUGUUGAUUUUUGACAUUGUACUGUGCUUGUAUAAAAUAAACCCAAAACAUAAUCUAAUGACAGGCCAGUACACCAGUCCUUCCCUUUUACAGUAUAAAGUAGAUAUUCCAUACAUGCAUUUUCUGUACCGCUUAUCCUCACUAGGGUCGAGGGCGUGCUUGAGCCUAUCCCACCUAUCUUCGGGCUAGAGGCGGGCUAUACCCCGAACUGGUCGCCAGCCAAUUGCAAGGGCACAUAUAAACAAACAACCAUUUGCACUCAUAUUCACACCUACGGGCAAUUUAGAGUCUUCAAUUAACCUACCAUGCAUGUUUUUGGGAUGUGGGAAGAAACCGGAGUACCCGGAGAAAACCCACGCAGGCAUGGGGAGAAGAUGCGAACGCCACACAGUCGAACCCCGGUCCUCAGAACUGUGAGGCAGGUGUGCUAACCCAGUAGAUAUUGAUUAGCUCAAAUCUACCAUUACUGUAUGUAUCAUGCUGUUGCCCACUACUGCAAACUACAAUUUUAUGGACAAAUUCUUCAAUAAUGUCUUUGAGAGUGUCAUGUAAAACAGAGUAGUGUAUUACUUUAUCAUCUGUCAGCCACAUGUCAUCUUAAGCUAUGUCACAGGUUCCUUGUGGUAUUAAAAUCUCAACGUGGAGUUUCUGGUGCCUGUACCAACAUUUUUUGUUAUCGUUUAUGUUGUCAUUUUAACUUCAGU